UGCGUUUAGUUUAGGUUAACCUGCAACAAAAGCUCUCCUCUUUCCCCUCUCUCAGUGCCACGCAUUCCCUCUCUGCAGCUACUGUCAUCGGAAGACCCUGGCUGAGCGGCGGAGUCAUUGAUGUCAGAUUCACCAUUCUCUCUUUUAGAGAUCAACCAAGCAUUCACAGUUGAUUCGGACGACAACAACAAUUGCUCAUAGAUACAAAUUGGAUUGUCAGUGUCAAGGGCUUGGUUUAAGAAUAUAUUACUAUAUAUAAUUGGGGGAAGACGGAGAUAAUGAAAGGCGGAAGGAAGAAUCUGAAGAGGGCAACAGAGGAAUAUAACUUAACGCUUGAACAUGGCCAAAGCAUCAUGCAAGUGGUGUCUCUUAGAGGUUCCAAUCUCAUUGAGGUAAUGGACGCAAGAGGUGAGAAGUCAUUGGCGUUAUUUCCAGCUAAGUUCCAGAAGAGCAUGUGGAUAAAACGAGGGAGUUUUGUUGUUGUCGAUGAAAGUGGAAAGGAAAAGGCUUUAGAGUCAGGCAGCAAGGUGGCAUGUAUAGUUUCUCAAGUUCUCUUUUACGAACAAGUUCGAGCACUUCAGAAAUCUCCUGAAUGGCCAGAAAAUUUCAAGUCCACAACUUCUGAUGAUUCCAAUGGGGGUCUAUAUAGGAACACCUUGCAACAAGAAGAUGAUGAGCUUGAUGCAAGUGAUGAUGAUGGACUCCCCCCAUUGGAAGCCAAUAUGAACAGAAUCAAGCCACCGGAGUUCCAAUCAGAUGCAGAGACGAAUUCAGGAUCAGAUACAGAUUCUUAAAUGAUCAUCCUUGUAGAACUCGAGUUUGUCUAAACUGACUCGAAAUUGUAAUGAAGGAAUGUGCCUCAAGUUUUCAAAUUAAUGCCUGCUUUUCUUAAGUUGUAUUUUUUUUUCUAAGAUUGAUUAUUUGCACUACAUUGAGAAGUGGUGUUAAAGUUCAUUGGUUGGAAUAAAACAGCAGCCUUUUAGCUGUUCUAAAA